AUGGCCAUUCCCUCCACAACCCGUCAAUGGAUCCUCAAUUCCAAGCCCACCAGCACCCCGAUCCUCCCCGAGAACCUCCCUCCCCCCUCUGCCUCUGCCUCUGCCUCACAACCAGAACCAACAUUUAUCCCCGCCAUCAAUCCCCUCCCUCCUCUCACCUCCACCACUGCCCUUGUGCAGACCCUUUACAUAUCCAAUGAUCCCGCUCAACGCGGCCAAAUGUCCGCGAUCAUUGACCCAGCCCGUCUCUACGUUCCUCCCAUGACCCUGCACGCCCCGGUCCGCACCUACACAAUCUCCCGCGUGCUCGAAUCCGGCAAUCUCUCUCUUCUGGCCCCGGGUGCCAUUGUCCGGGCCACGACCUCCUGGAGUGAAUACGCGGUUGUCCGGAUUAGUGAUGUGGAGGUUCUGGAUCCUGAGAAAACACCCGGUGUGAGAAUCAGUCACUAUAUGGGAAGCUUUGGCUUUCCGGGGAUCACGGCGUUGUAUGCUCUGAAGGAAAUAGUGAAGUUGAAGAAGGGGGAGAGGAUCGUGGUUAGUGGUGCAGCUGGCGCUGUGGGGGGGAUGGUGGUCCAGAUUGCUAAGAAGGUGCUGGGGGCCGCAGAGGUCAUUGGAAUCGCAGGAACAGAUGAUAAAUGUCUCUGGGUGGAGGGUCUGGGGGCUGAUGUGUGCUUGAAUUAUAAGAAAGAGGGGUUUGAUCAGGAGUUGUGGAAGGCAACGGAGGGGUUUGUGGAUGUUUAUUUUGACAACGUUGGUGGUCAUAUUCUCGAUCUGAUGGUCCUGCGAGUGAAGUGGUUUGGAAGAAUUGCUGCUUGUUGUCAUCAAUCGCAUUUCCGUACUCGGGUUCAUCUUGACUACAAGGAUCACUUCCAGGAAGCCCGGGAAGAGCUUAUCCAGGCCUGGAAGAAUGGCAAGAUAGUCGUCGAUGAUGCGACUGAGACAGUUAUCGAGGCCACCUUUGAGGACAUUCCGAAGGUGUGGAUGAAGCUGUUCGAUGGGUCGAAUACCGGCAAGUUAACAACCAAGCUUAUUGGGUGA